GUGGGAAGUGGAGGACACAAGGCCCCUGUACUCAAGAGAAUGAGAUGUUAAGGAGAAUGGAUGACUAUGACAGUGCUACAGAUGCUACUUUCCAUGUUAGAAACUGAGGAUUCUCUUCCAAAGGAAAGUUGUGAUAAUGUGUGAUGGACUUACCUUGGAGAGACUAUGAGACAGGUACGGAUUCUGAAGAUGGUUGAGAUGACAUUUGGAGUGGGUGGCCCAGAAGACAGUGUGCUAAACUAAAGAAGUUGAGUCCAAAGAAGUUUGCACCCGCUCUGCUCAGGAUUUCAGUCCCAAUGUCUCUCAUCAUCAUCUUUACCCAUUGGGAACUGAAGCCCAUCCUCCUAUAGCCUCCAGAGUCCUCUGCUGCAGAUAUUUUCCCCAAGAAAGAAAACCAGUUCCUGGCUGAAAACCAACCCUUCUACCACAAUGAGCUCUGAAUGUGAAGUCGAUAUUUCCAAAACAGUGGUAAAUGGGCUGACUUCAACCAGUAAUGGUCAAGAAAAAGCUACUGACGACCCUUUACGUGCACGCUCUAUUUCUGCUGUUAAAAUAAUUCCUGUGAAGAAAGUGACAAACUCUUCUGGCCUAGUCCUCCCUACAGACAUGGACCCUACCAAGAUUUGCACUGGAAAAGGAAUGGUGACCCUCCGGGCCUCUUCCACGCACAGGGAAUCACCGAGUGCCAGCCCUGUGAGCCCCCAGGAGACCGUGCAAUCCGAAAAUAAACCAGGUCUGGAGCCAGAAAAUUUCCCUACAGAUGAGUGGAGACUGUCCUCGAGUGCGGAUACAAACGGAAACGCCCAGCCCUCCUCCCUGGCGGCCAAGGGCUACCGAAGUGUCCAUCCCAAUCUUCCUUCUGAUAAGUCACAGGUUUCCUCCUCUUCGUGCCCUCCUCUUCCAAAAGAGCAAAGCUUUGCAUGGCGACCGCACACUGAAGCUAAGGUUUGCUCCUCACCAGUGCCCUUCAAGGACUGUGUGUACCUGAGCUCCCCGAAGCCUUACCUGGCCCAGAGUGCUUCUCUCCAGCAGCGCGCCCCCUUCCCCCCAGCUGUGCCUUCCUCCCAGGUAGCCCGAGUCACAGCCGACGCUGGCCGGGCGUUCUGGCCUAGCAGCUCCAGAUUCCCGGACGCAUCCUCCCGAUACCAGAGCUCCUGGGAGGCUUCCAGGGCAGAAGAUAGCCCUAGUGUGAGCUCUAAUCCCAGUCACGAGGCAGGAAGGGAUAAAAAAAAGGUCAGCAGCUUAUAUGUCGCUUGUUUAUCCAACAACACCGGCCCGGUGGCAUCUGAGAAAUCCCUCAGGCUUGCAUGUGACCCACCCCGAAGCAGCCUUGUGGAAGAGCAGGUCACCCGAGCCCCGGCUUUUGGCGUUGGGUCCUCCCUGUCCAGCGCUGGACCAUCCCGCCUCGCUCCCCUUCCCGCUCCUCCCCAGCUGUCCUUUAACAGUAGAGAUGGACUUAGCCAGGGGGAAAGUCCUCCUCUGGGGACCGAGUCUCCUCUCCCAGAAGCAGUGAGACCACCUGUGCUAAGUGCCCAGGUUCCUUUGGGCCAGGAGACCCCGAAGAAAAAAGAACCCUGCUUUCCCCGACGGUGGUAUCCAGCCAAGGAUGCUACUUCCUCCAACACAGCCCAGCCAGGGAUUAUAGUAGUCCCUCUGUACCUGGUUCACACGGACCAAGGGCAAGAAGGCGCUUCCAGAACACCUCCACCUCCUCUGGUGGCCCUGGACCAAACUGCCGCCUUCCCCGUGACCGCCUCUGCUGGCGCGCCUCUGACCUUUCCGACUUUAGAUGAUUUCAUUCCCCCUCAUCUGCAGAGGCGAUCCCACCAUAACCAGCCAGCCAGCCCUCCUGGCUCAGGGCCCCCCGUUAGCCAAACAGCACCAUCACUCUCUCCACCUCCUCCUCCACUGGUCCCUCCAGUCCCGGAGGCUCUGCACAGAAUCUCGAAGCCCGACCUCCCUGGAGCUGUCUCAAGUACAGUAAGCUUGCCGAAACUCCCUCCUCACGGCUUUCCUAAGUUUAUCCUCCCCACAGGUGCAGAUUCUCUGGUAAAUGAAGUUUCUUCACCCCGCAUUGGGACUGAUUCCCAGAUUUUCCCACCAGUCAGCAAGCCUUCAUCUGCUUACCCUUCCACUACCAUCGUUAAUCCCACUAUUGUGCUUCUGCAACACAAUCGAGAGCAACAAAAGCGCCUUAAUAAUCUAACAGAUCCUGUACCAGAGAGAAAGGAUGAAGAGAAAGUAGAUUCAGCACCAACGUGGGAGAAAGGUGUUCAGCUUAACACACGACCAGACAAAACAGUAAAGGAUGAAAGUAGAAAACUGGUUAAGAGCCCUCAGUGCCUAAGUGAUGGUUCCAUGGAUGAAGUAGGCAUUCCACUAAGGAACACUGAGAGAUCCAAAGACUGGUAUAAGACGAUGUUCAAACAGAUCCACAAACUUAAUAGAGACACUCCUGAAGAAAACCCUUAUUUCCCCACCUACAAAUUCCCAGAACUUCCAGAAAUCCAGCAAAAAUCUGAAGAAGACAAUCCUUAUUCUCCUACCUACCAGUUUCCUGCAUCUACUCCUAGUCCUAAAUCAGAAGAUGAUGAUUCAGAGCUCUACUCCCCUCGAUACUCAUAUUCUGAAGACUCAAGAAUUCCCUUUUCUGUGCCUCGCUCAAAAAGUGAGAUGGAAUACAUCGAAGCGGAGAAGGUGGUCAAGAGGUCUGCCACGCUGCCCCUACCCUCUCGCUCUACGUCUUUGAAAUCGAGCCCGGAAAGUAGAAGGGAGAUCACUUCGAAGGGUUUGAGUGAUCACAGACAAUGGAUGCAUCUCAGAAAUGACUGGGAGCCCCCAGAUAAGAAAGUGGACACUAGAAAAUACCGUGCAGAACCUAAAAGUAUUUAUGAGUAUCAGCCGGGCAAAUCUUCAGUUCUGACAAAUGAAAAGAUGACUCGGGAUAUAAGCCCAGAAGAGAUAGAUUUAAAGAAUGAACCUUGGUAUAAAUUCUUUUCGGAAUUGGAGUUUGGGAGACCGCCUCCAAAAAAGAUAUGGGAUUAUACUCCUGGAGACUGCUCUAUCCUUCCUAGAGAGGAUAGAAAGAGUACAAGAGUCAGCCCCACUCCAGAAACAACUGCUGAGCGUUCUGCCUACUCAUAUUCACCCAAUAUCCAUGCAGUGAAGAGAGAGUCAGAGAUGGCUCCAGGUGAUUCCACUGGUUUGGAGAAUGAAAGACAAAUUUAUAAAAGCGUUUUGGAAGGCGGAGACAUUCCUCUCCAGGGAUUAAGUGGUCUCAAGCGACCCUCUAGCACUGCUUCCACUAAAGAUUCAGAGUCACCUCGGCACUUCACUCCAGCUGAAUACUUGGAAACUACUGAAGAUUUUAUUCGAAGGCGUCAUGAUGACAAAGAGAAACUUUUAGCGGACCAGAGACGGCUUAAGCGCGAGCAAGAAGAAGCUGAUAUUGCAGCUAGACGGCACACGGGUGUUAUUCCAACCCACCAUCAGUUUAUCACUAAUGAGCGGUUUGGGGACCUCCUAAAUGUAGACGAUACAGCAAAGAGGAAAUCUGGGUUAGAGAUGAGACCUGCCAGAGCCAAAUUUGACUUUAAAGCUCAGACGCUAAAAGAGCUUCCUCUGCAGAAAGGAGAUAUUGUUUACAUUUAUAAGCAGAUUGAUCAGAACUGGUAUGAAGGAGAACAUCAUGGCCGCGUGGGGAUCUUUCCACGGACGUACAUAGAGCUUCUUCCACCAGCAGAGAAGGCGCAACCCAAAAAGAUGGCACCAAUACAAGUUUUGGAAUAUGGAGAUGCUGUGGCUAAGUUUAACUUCAAUGGAGACACCCAAGUGGAGAUGUCCUUCAGAAAGGGAGAGAGGAUCACGCUAAUUCGACAGGUUGAUGAGAACUGGUAUGAAGGGCGAAUCUGUGGGACUACUCGACAAGGCAUCUUUCCCAUCACAUAUGUGGAGGUGAUCAAGCGACCACUGUUGAAAAACCCAGUAGAUUACAUCGAUCUGCCGUUCUCUUCUCCAAACCGCAGUACAACUGCUUCUCCCCAGUUUCCAAGUCGUGGCAAGUGCCACUCCCCAGCACCCCAAUCUCUGCCUUAUUCACGUCAGGUGUUGUCUCCUGAGAUGCAGGCCAUCACCUCUGAGUGGAUCUCCCUGACUGUAGGGGUUCCAGGCAGAAGUACUCCAGCUGUGACCCCACCAUUGCCCCCUCUGCCAGAAACCUCUCUUUAUAACACUGAAUACUUUACUUCCUCAGCCAUGGCCAGUCCCACCCUUUCAGUAAGCCUUCCCCAUUCUAGUAUCUCUGAUCGCUCUAGUCCAAGCCUUUGGGUUUCUCCGUUCCCUCCUAACCCUCACAGACCAUCUUCCACCAUUCAUAACGUCAGUACUAGCCUUCAGUCGAAUGAAGAGAAUAUUAUGUCCUCACCAUCCCCCGGGGUCAAAUGGGAUACCUUCUCCCAGCCGCCGCUCGGGAACUCCAAUAGUGUUAUCUCUGAGCUUAGCGAUGCCAUUAGCAAUCAAGCCAAGUUCCAGCAGUGGCAAGAAGAAAACAGACAGUGUUCCAGGAAGCCUCAUCAAGAGGCCAGUGAGCACUGUCCCGAUGGAUCCAGGAUCUCUAAGAAGAGCUGCUUGAAGCCAUCCGACCUGGUCAAAUGUAUGAGUCCAGAACAGAGACUCUGUGAUAACACCCUUGGGGAAAGUCACUCCUGCCAACAUCUUCUCAGCCCUUCUCACAGAAAUGAGUCUGGGCAAAGAGAUACCAGUGCAGGGGCCAAGCACGCUGAUCCGAAAGAGAAUCAGAAUGGUGUGAGACAGCUUUCACAUCAUUCAUUGAGCACAGGACCAGAUCUCACAGAGUCUGAAAAGAGCUACGUGGAAGCAGUUUGCAAUGAGAUCAUAAACAUUGCCGAAAAGUCUGUUCAUUACUGCAGUACUGUUUCUCAUCCUCUUGACUUUCGUCACAAGGUGUCUCCUACUGACAAUAAAUCAUCUCUCAUCAUUUCUCAGCAACCUCAAGCCCAGCAGCGCAGAACCACCUCUGACAGAAGUCAGAACCUACAGGAUUUAUAUAGCUACCAAGCAUUAUAUAGCUAUAAACCACAGAAUGAUGAUGAGUUGGAACUCCGAGAUGGAGAUAUUGUGGAUGUCUUGGAAAAAUGUGAUGAUGGUUGGUUUGUUGGUACUUCCAGAAGAACAAGACAGUUUGGUACUUUUCCAGGCAACUAUGUAAAACCUUUAUAUUUAUAAGAAGCCUGAGAACCUGUGAUUGUUUUUUACUGGUGGAUGAAACAGAACACAAAGCAAUCUCUUUAUCUCAAUGUUGAAUCAAUAAGUCGGUUAGUGCAAGAAUGAAGUAAGAAGUCUUAGAGUGACUUGGGGAAGUGUUGGGUUUAAAGUGUGAGCCUCCUAGGGCUUUGGCUCAUUAACAGGCUUCAGCAAAUGUUUUUUGAAUGAAUGAAUGUAUGUGUGUACGAAUGAGCUAUGACCCAGUUGUUUGCUGGGUAACUAGAAGCAAGCCAGACUUCAAGUUUACAUAACUGCCUUGUUAAGCCCUACUAGUCCUCCUUCUCACCCUCCUGUGGUGAGUUGACAUGGAACUGAAGGAAAGAAGCAAGUAGCCCCUCAUCCUCUGUGUUUGGAGGACAAUUCAGUUCUAGCCCAGUCCUGGGAGUGUUGAUCUAAAUUGUGGGAACUUGAGGAAUUCAAUAGAUCUGAUCAGAGAAGACUCAAGAAAGCCAGAUUUGAUCCAGUUGUUUGGGGAGGGAGGGUCCAAUCGUUAUUAGGUUUGGGAAACUGGUUUGAUCAGAAACUGCUAAACUUCCCCCAACCUAUGGCCUCUCUAAUCGCCACAGAGCAGGUUUAGAAGGCUGGCCAUUUGAAUGCUCCCAAACUCAUCAGACCGGACUUUCCAGGGCUACUCUGGACUACAGUGAUAUUCUUAGGCUGCCCCAACUUGGAUCCACACUCUUGGGACUUCAGUGGUAAGGGGAGGGGUAGUGGAAAUAAGGUACCAUUUGAUGUGGGACUCUACUCUUUCACCCCCAUCAGCACCAUAUAUCCCAGUAUUCUGACAAUAAAGCAUGUUACAUUUGCUUGUGAGAGUUGGAGGAAGUAGACCAGAGGAACAAGUUGGAUUUGCAUCUGGUUAAUGUAAAGUUGAUCUAUAGCUUUUUGGGAGAACAUGCAACCAGUCACUAUCCAUAUAUACAUACACAUGUGUAUAUAUUCUUGGAAUUUUUACUAGGUUACCUUCAGAGAGACCAAGUUUUAAUUUGUUUCCUGACCAUCACCAAUGUUUCCAGCCACACCAUAUGUCAAUCACUAAAAUGUGCAAGAAUGUCUUAGAGAAAGCAAAGAAUUGCAUUUAAAGGAAACUUUCAGUUAUUUUAAUCUAAGUACAUCAAUCAAAAAUCACAUGGGUUAGACUUGUUCUCAGAGCAGAGAGAGUAGUUGCCUUUAACUUGUACCCUCUGCCUGGACCAGAGUUUCUAGUCCCUCUGCAUGAAUAGGAGGAGUUAAUUCCUCAGAGCCAGAAUCAGGAAGGGAGUCAUCCAAUCGCUACAUUUGUACCAGGCGGCCAAUGACUGUGGAUGCAUAAAUGAGGGCUAACAGAAAUACUUUUGUACAAGGGGUUCAGCCUUGGAAGUAGAGUAACAUCUGCUUGAGUUUGCCCAUCUGGACCUCCAGGUACAGGUGGGUUCUGGUAUUGAAGCAGUUGCAGCAGUGAAUGUAAAUAGAGUAAGCUUCAGCUCUCUGGAUAUAUACAGUCACUUCUUCAUUACACUAGCCCUCUGUGUACCCUGUUGCUCCACAGUUUUGUUUUUUGCCCCAUAUCCUCAGACAGAAAGUGUCCAGGGUAAAAUAGGGAGGAGAUAAAUAUUACCCAUUUUGUACCCUAUUCCAUACCUCAGUGAUGACUUCUCACCCGCCAGGGCCCUACUACACCUCCUCUAUCUUUCACCUUAACAGAACCUGUUCUCAGGAAUGAAUCUGACGAACUUAUUCCCAAUGACAUAUAAAAGACCAAUCUAUUGCCCCUUCCAAGAAAAUUUGCACUUUCAGAAGGCACAAAACCUUAAUCAAAGGAAUGAAGCUCUCAUGGGGAAACCAGAAUUGGUAGGGGAGAAAUUAUUGGGCAAGGGGAGCCCUUUUGAUGCCUCAGAAGUCAUACCACAUGGGCAGCCACUGCCACCAGAUAGUAGGACUACUUUUUUUUGGCAUCUUGCUCUCUGCAGGGAAUUUAGUAAAAGGAUAUGUAUGUACAUGUGCAUAAGCACCCGCAUGUCCAUUCAUUUCAGCACUAUGACGUUAGAAUUCACUUUGAAGUAGAAGUCUUGCAUUGAAUAACUAUUUUCCUGCUCUGUUUUGGAUGCAGACUGUUACUGAUAAAAUAUUAGACCAUAGCUUUUAAGGGGGGAUGGAUGCUUCUCCAUUAGAUAGCUAACUUCAAACACCUCUAGGAAUACAGCUAGAGAAUCAAACCAAUUUAUAAAGCUACAUUUUACACAUAAUGCCAGUGACAUAUAUUUGUACAUCUCUGAAACCUCCAGUUUAACUCCCAUAUUUUCCCAUAUGUUUAAUAAUAAGGAAAAAAAAAUCCAAAAAUUUGCAUCAAAUUUCUGCUUCCUAUAUAUCACAGAACAAGUAGCCAAAAUUUCUUGUGGCUACUUUGUCUUGAGACAUUUAGGAAUAUAAAAUACUUAUUUUUAUGCUUACAAUGUUUAUACAGGUUUAUUAACAGCAAGUACACCUAAUUGAUAGCAUGACUUGCAAUACAUUUUGAUAUCUUCCCCAUGCUUGGGGUCUAAAACCAAUAUCAACUAAAAAACACUUAUCUUUUGCAGUCUCUCUGGGAUCAGUUAAAAAAAAAAAAAAAAGAAAUCACAUCCUCAAGAAGUGGGACUGUACAUAUGUAUAUUUGUAUAGACCAUGUACUUACCUUGUAUAGAAAAAAUAAUUUUAACAAUUUGAAUGAAAGGAAGACAGUAAGGAAGUCAUUAAAGUUUUUUUUUUGCAUUUUUAUUUAAAUGAAGGAAUUCCAAGUUAACCCCUAUGAAUUUUUUUUUUUUAGCACAAGAAGACACUUGUAAAAUGUUACAGCUUUUAAAUCAUCAUUAUGGGGGGAAGGGCAAUAACUCUGAUCCUCAUUUAUGAAUUUAAAAUUUUUUUCCUUUGCAGUCUUGUUUCCCCCGCAGUAAUAUUUAGUCCUGUUGCUAAACUAGAUUAAUAUGCAAAUUAUAUCAUGAAAGAAAAAAUAACUGACUUUCUAUGUAACCAGUUAAUUUAAAGGAUUGCCACUGAAACAACACACAGAGAGCAUGUACUAUACAGACACAGAUCUUGUGUUCAUUUAUUUUUCUUUAUUGCAGUGGACUAUGGUUUAUUUGAUAAUAAAUAGACGUGUUGAAUUACUGCUACAUUUCCUGUACAGACUAUUUAAUAAACCUUAUUCCAAUUUGCGUGGUA